AUGUCGGAUCCUAUGGCUAUAUUCAAAAAUGAAGGGGUCAGUUUUAUUGAUGGGUUACAUGACAUUGGUGCAUUGAAGGCAAGGCGAAUUGAUUUAUGGGAUAUUCGAGACGAUGACAUCAUCAUCAACACGUUCCCCAAAUCCGGAACCACUUGGAUGCUACGACUUGUAUCUGAAAUGUACCCUGAUCUACAUUGGCAGCUUAAGCCCACAAAUCUAGCUACCAGACCAUUUUGUCAACGGAAAGUUAUGUUCGGACCAUGGGCGGAUCACGUGAUCGGGUGGAGACGUUUUGGAAUUGAGGAUGGUGUACUGCACGUGACAUACGAAGACAUGAAAACGGAUCUAAAGUCAGUGUCAUCUCAAAUAUCUCAGUUUCUUUCUCGCCCAAUUGAUGAUGAUCAACUUAACCGAGCUUUGAAUAAGAGUACUUUUCAAUUAAUGAAAGAAGCUGGAGAUGACGAUUAUUUUAUGCCGCCAAGAGACGAGACAUCUUGGUGGGCAGGUGAGACAUUUUUCCGGAAGGGGAAAAUUGGAGAUUGGAAAUCUCAUUUCACUGUUGCACAGAAUGAAAUGUUUGAUGAUAAGAUAUCAAGAAUAUUGGAAGAGAAUGGUGUCACACUGGUGUAUGAAUAA